AUGUCAGGUGCUCUAUGUGCUGGUGCUGUAGGAACCAGUGUUUCGUAUCGGUAAGUGUCUUUCGUGCAGGGGUAUGGCCUCUCUGUCGGGUAUGGAUUGAAAGGGGCCUUCUCUCUCUCGUUCGGUGGAUCGCUAGGGUACCGGGGUCAAUCAAUCAUUCUGUAAACCCCUUCUUCCUGGGUUGUCCCCAGGGCAAGUGGCAUGGGGUUGGGAAAGCAGCAGACUAAUCAAUCAACUCAAAUCACUAACUCACUCACUCACUGAAAUCAAUCAAUCAAUCGGUUGGCAGAAUCCUAAUCAUCCUCCUCCAACUCUCCUCAUCGAUCGGUUAGCUGAAUCCUAAUCAUGCAGCUCGUCCAACUAGAUUCCUAAUCUAUCAAAUCAAUAAAAUAAAUCAGUGCCCCACGCACCCUGCUCGCCUUGCUAGGGCGCAUAAAAAGAAAGGCAUAAGUUAAGCAUCCCGUGUUAAUUCAGUUGCCCCAGUGUUUCCAGUGCUUGCUCCGUGCCCAAUCCCUGCCGUGUUGGUUCGAUGUGUCCCUCCCUUUCCCGUAUGUUGGAAACUAGGGAACUCGAGCAAUAUGCUCGUCUGGUGGCAACUUGGCUCAAUCUCUCCCGUCUGGCGGCAACUUGGCUCGAAAUAUCCUCUCAAAUAUGGUUGGUCGACGAAUGUGUAUGAUGGGUGCGUGAGGAGUGGUGGUUCGGGGGGUUCCAGGGUAUCCGGUUUCCGGGGCUGCUGGCCC